AGAAAAGCCACCAGCGUUGUUUCUGUAGUUGAUCAGCAGUUUGCCGAAAGUGUGUGUGCACUCCCUGGGUGUAUUUCUGUGCUCGAGCCCCUCCUCUGGUCGGUUUGGCCGCUGGAGGUUGAUGUCGCAGGCAGAGAGUCUUCAGGACAGGACACAACUAGGUAGAGCUGGCCAGGGAGGAGGAAAAAGAAAAAAGUAGGCGAUGUUGCAGCUAGGAUCCUGUUUAUGGACGCUGCGGGCAGGCUGCUGAUAACAGUCCGGUGGCUUUGUAGGUGCUGUCAAGCUGAAAGGUUAAGGUAGUCUCGGAGCCGCAGUAGUAUUUUUAGAUCUCUUCUUUGAGGUACACAAAAAUGUCGUCUCCAAGUCCGGGCAAGAGGCGAAUGGACACCGACGUGGUGAAACUCAUCGAGAGUAAACACGAGGUCACUAUCCUGAGUGGACUGAAUGAGUUUGUGGUCAAGUUCCACGGACCCCCUGGAACACCGUAUGAAGGAGGCGUGUGGAAGGUUCGGGUGGACCUGCCAGAUAAAUAUCCGUUCAAAUCACCGUCAAUAGGUUUUAUGAACAAAAUCUUUCAUCCCAAUAUCGAUGAAGCGUCAGGAACCGUGUGUUUAGAUGUUAUCAACCAGACGUGGACGGCUCUCUACGAUCUCACCAACAUCUUCGAGUCCUUCCUCCCUCAGCUGCUCGCCUACCCCAACCCCAUCGACCCCCUGAACGGGGACGCCGCUGCCAUGUACCUGCACCGGCCGGAGGACUACAAACACAAGAUCAAAGAAUACAUCCAGAAGUACGCCACAGAGGAGGCUCUAAAGGAACAGGAGGAGGGCGGAGGCGACUCCUCCUCCGAGAGCUCCAUGUCGGACUUUUCCGAGGACGAGGCUCAGGACAUGGAGUUGUAGUGAAGGCAGAACCGUCCUUCGCCUCACAACGGACUAUCGUUUCCUAAAGAGCAGAAACUCAGUACUAUAUUCGUAUUUAAACAAACGGGACAAUUUUUUACAGUAACACAAGGAUUUUUAUUGCUACACAAGGUUUUGCAGUAUGGAAAACAAAAACAAAACAAAAAAAACAAAACAACGAUGUCAUGUUUAGGAAAUCAUCACCAUCAGCUCCGCGCUCUUCCUCAUCAUCCGGAGAGAUCAGAAUGAAGUGUUGCUUUAUUUCACCUGAUCUCAACCCCAGGAUUUUCACGCUGCACUAUAAAACCGACGCAGGACGGCACUCGUCAACACAUCUUCAUCACCUUUUUACUUUUGCCAUCAUUUCCUCUUUAAGGCAGAGCUGGAUGACUUAAAAAAAAAAAAA